AUGUCGAUUGAAUACGAUGAGAAGACCAAGGCCUCCGCCGAGCUGGCCGCUGAGGAUAGUAACAGCAACCAGGGUGAAAUGGUCAACGCCUCUGGUCACAAACAGGAACUCGAGCGCAACUUCAGCUUGCUGAGCAUCUGUGCCGUCGCCGUGACUACAGGUAACACAUGGAUUGCCCAAGGUGGUAGUGUGGUCACUGCAUUGGGUAACGGUGGACUGGCUGGAACUAUCUAUGAAUUUAUUGCUGUAUCUAUGUGCUACUGGCUUGUCGCUGCCUCUAUCGCUGAGUUGGCCUCUGGUAUGCCCUCGUCGAGUGGUGUCUACCAUUGGGCAACUAUUACCGCUGGUCGAUAUGGUCGCGUCUGCGGUUUCUUCGCCGGGUGGUGGAAUUGCCUGGCCUGGAUUCUGGGUGCUGCCUCGAUGUCCUUCAUCAUGGGCCAACAGGUCGUCUCUAUAUCGAACUUUGACGUAUGGGGCGAUUUUGACAACAAAACUGGUUAUACCCAGCCAGGCUUUGUUUUCGUCCUGGGCAUGCUCAAUGGCGCCUAUAGUGUCGGUACCCCCGAUUGCUCGACUCAUUUGGCUGAAGAGAUCCCCAAGCCUAGCCGCAAUAUCCCCAAGGCCGUGCUCGCUCAAAUGGGUGUUGGCUUCAUCACCGGUGUCUGCUACAUGGUGGCCAUCUUCUACUCCAUCCAGAAUCGCGAUGAUGUGGCGAAUUCUAAGCUGUUCCCUCUCGCGGAGAUUUAUCGCCAAGCUACUGGCACCGGCAGUGGUGCCGUUGGCCUUCUGGUCAUCGCCUUCAUUCCUACCAUGAUCACUGCCGCCGGUUGCUACAUCACUGCCGGUCGCACCUUGUGGACUAUCUCUCGUGAUCGCGCCACUCCCUUCCCCAACUGGAUUGGCCACAUCAGCACCAAAUUCCAGAACCCCUUCAACGCCACCCUCGUCUGCGGCUGCACUGUCACGAUUCUGGCUUGUAUUUAUAUGGGAUCCCAGACCGCUUUCCAGGCUUUCGUCGGAUGCUUCGCUCAGCUGUCCAGUCUAUCGUACUUCAUGGCGAUCUUUCCCCAUAUCCUGAGCCGCCGUUCUUCUUUUGUCCCCGGCUAUUUCUUCAUGAACAACAAAAUUGGAUUUGUCGUGAACACUCUCGCUUGCAUCUACAUUAUUGCUUUCGUCAUCAUCUUCUGCUUCCCCUUUACAGCCGAGUUUACGGCCCAGGACAUGAACUACGCCAGUCUGAUGACCGGUGGCCUGUCCAUCUUUGUUGCCAUUUGGUGGUUCAUCCGCCAGGGCUCAUACGAGGGACCGAAAAACAUCCCUAUCACCGACAAGCACGUGCUUGAAGAUGCCAAAUAA